GGAGGCAGUCAGUGGCUCGCCGCGCGCCACAACGACCGUCGGAUCUAGCGUCGAGUUUUUCCACUUGUUACCGUAUCGUGCACGGAUCGUUCUUGCUGUUUGCCCCAUUCUUUUUUUUCCCCUCUCACCGUUGUUCACUUGAUCGCGCGAAAGGUCGAUGGUGAAACGCGGAGCGCGUCGAACUCGAGGUUCAGGAUUGGUGAUCUGUGAUCGAGUGCCCGCGGCUGUCGACUGGUCCUGAUACAGUGCUCUGGGGAAUGAAUGCAACGGUUACAGUGUGAAACGUUGCCCGGUGCCACGACGAGAAAUUUAAGGUGCAACGUUGUUCCGUGGACACCGUGGGUGAACAAGUGAAGCAUAUUUUCAUCGUCGAAGAGGACCUGGUACCUCGUGAAAUCCUCUUCCGCGAAUGGCGUGAGAGGAUGCUGCGUCUUCGGUGCCAGGAACUCUAAUCUGGAUUAGCAGUAUGCGAUCGUACGUGUCGUGCCUUGGGACUCGCGCUGGUCGCAUCCCCAGCGAGUGCUCGACUUCACUCUCGUGAAAAGGAGGCGUUUAUUUUCGCGAAUUGGCAUCGACGUUCGAUGCUGAACGCGAAAUCGACUUAGUGCGUCGAGUUCUCGAAAGACAAUAUUCGCCAGGCGUAUUUCUUUCGCGCUGAGAGAUUGGCUGGCGAGAAACGGUGCGCGGCUUCAUUUAACCGUCCUCGAUCUUGGAUAAUGCUGCUGAAGAAGAGCCGUCGGUUUGUUGCGCGCGAUGAUUCGCCUGUUUCCAGCGUGAUGAAUUCUCUCGUGCUUCAAAGGAGGCCAGCGUAAGAAAGGAACGAGCCGAAAUCUCGGUAAUAGAAUUCAUCGAAAAAACGAGCGGAUCGAGGGCGACGUUGUCCGGAUAAAAGGAGUCCAGGGUACGCUUAUCGAGCCGUUCCCGGCCACUGGGUUCUUCGUGGGACAAAACCUCUUCCAAGAAGUCUCGUCUGGCUCGCGUAGUCGGUGAAACCGCCGUGUUAUCGUCGUGCUAUCGGCUAGCCGGGGCUUGUCCACCACCGGAGAAAUCGGAGUCCCACUCAUGCGUAUCGAGUGAGAUACACGGUGGCCGGAAGUGCCGUCUCGAUGGGAGAGGGUCCUCGUACCAGCGUUACUUCGGCGAGACGUCAGCCUCGCGCAGCUCGAUGGGCCACGGAGAAUCGUCGAGUGAAAACAGACGCAGGGGCUGAAACGGCUGGAAGGCUCGAGUGGCGCGGAGUCCAGCUCGUUCCAACUUCCAGGGCAACGGGGCAGACGGGAAACUUCGGUAACCGUGGAACGAUACCUCUCCGCCGCCGGCUCGCUGAAAAGUUCCUCGGAAGUGUUACGACCCGCGCCAACCUCCAACGAAUCUUUUCUACUUUUAUAAGCGAACCGUGGCCGUUCCAGGACCAAGCGUCACCCAACUGUCCAUGAGCCCUGGCUUCGUUAGCCGUAAUCGUUUCCCGCGGCCCGAGUUUCCCGCCGAAGUUUCCGAACGCAAUCGUGGUUUCAUUGGUCGUUAGCCACAUUGCCCUCCGACUCGAGAGCUCUCUUCUGCCCAGGGACGUUCGAAGUUGACAACGAACGGCACCGAGACCCGAUCGUUGAUUUUCCUCCCUGCAAUCGUGCCUUUCACGCGCAAUUUUGGUAAUUUUGCAUCGCCCGGAGAUAAGGGUGCCUCCUUGCAUCGUUCUCUGUGAUAUCUGGCGGUUGGAACAGCGUUUGUCGAUGGUUGGACGAUAUUCUUCGAGGAUCACGGGCCCGACACCGAAUUUCGUCGAGCUUCGGUGAAAAAUGUGGAGACCGAAAAAAGGAUUCGACGAGGAGGAUCUUGCUGGACAAAUUCGCGCCGUUCGACGGGAGCACCUAGGGAUCGAAUCGAUGGGACGGUCUCGCCAGCACUCUGGGCCGAAGGUAAAGUAGGAUUACUUCGAUACUUGGGGGGUACGAAGAAGAAUGGAGGUGAAGUGACGAAGAAUUUAUGGAAGAUAGGUUCCAUUAGAAAGAAGAGAAAUCUUUACGCAGCGGGAAGUGUCCGUGGGUUAAAAAUUGCUUCUCGAUUCGUUUCAACCGAUCUCCCGGGCUCGACUUCGAAAAGUGGAAUCCUUGGGAUAAACGUUGUCCGAUGAAAAGAAAAUGCGAAGAAUUGAAAAUAAGAAGCUUGAUAGCAGUGCUGGAGUGGAAAGAAAAGGAAAGGCAAACUAGGUGCAAUGAAUACUUGGAAUAAUAAAAGCAACGUGGGAAGCAAACUACUCGCGAGGAUGAAACAUUUGGAACGCCAAUAACUAAGGGAACAAACCAGCCAAAAUUAAAAAAAAAAAAGAAACAAAAUUAUCAAAACGUAGUUAGGCACCCAAACGUUUGUAACUCGAGACAAUUUCUAUCCAGAAGAAUUCCUUCGAUCCGAAUUCAUACCAAGGCUUUCAUCGUCGACAGAAGCGAGCUAGAAGCGACGCAGAUACGAAGAAUAGAUGUGAACAAUCGGGGAGUGCUAGCCAUUUAAGAGGGAACGGAACAUUGUUCGCAGAGAUCUCUAGUGCUAUGCGUCGCGUUGGCUCCUGGAGCCUCGAUGACCUUGAUUCAGCGAGCAUGAAGCACCCAUCGAGGUCACCGGGUCUCGAGAUUGCUAUGGCACUGUUCGGCAUGGUCUGGCUGCUGCGUGUUCGCUCGGAGAUGCGUCGGUGCUCCAAGUGCCGGCACGAGGAGAUUCUCGCUGCCCAGCAGCAACAGCAGCAGCAGCAGCAACAACAGCAACAGCAGCUGCAGCAGCAACAGCAGCAGCACCAUCACCUUCACCAUCACCCGCACCAUCAGCAACGCACGCUGUCGCAGGCCACCAGUCUGCUCCAGACUCCCGACGAUGGCGUCAGCUCCUCUGCAAACACUCUUUUCACUUUGGACACGCCUGGCGCCGCAGGAUCCGCCGGAAGUUACUGCGAGGUUCACGGCUUCGUGCAGGCAAAAGAAGAUAUCCAGGAGUUUUACGAGCUGACGUUGCUCGACGAGUCGAAAUCGGUGCAGCAGAAAACGGCGGAGACGAUUCGCAUCGCCGACAAAUGGGAAGCCAGCGACGGGCCAAUUACGCCGACCUCCGCUCAAAACGACGGUGGUCCAGCCUUCCCCGUGAACCAGACUCUGUCGAACAUUUAUGGCCGCAGGUCGGCCAGUCCCGAUGUUCCAGACCACGUAGACGAAGUUCAGAAAACGCGGUAUACUGGCAGAGGCGUGGAGGAGCAGUUGCCACCCCCGCCAUUGCCACCCCAGCUGAAGGAGGCAGGACAGCUGGACGGAGUUCCUAGACCAAAUUCAGUCGAUCGUAUUCUUCAUCCUGAUGGUAGCCAGCACAUUCUGACUAGUCAUGAGACGCUCAAUAAGAGUCACGACAGCUGGCAAGGACACGACGGCGACCAGGCACACACGCCCCUUCUUGCGGCUGACACGAGACACGUAAACGGUGACGAUGAUUGGGAGUACGAGGAAAUCGUCCUGGAGAGGGGCGGCGCUGGGCUUGGGUUCAGCAUCGCUGGGGGCACGGACAAUCCUCACUUUGGCAACGACACCGCCAUUUACAUCACGAAACUCAUCCCAGGCGGUGCUGCGUCCGCGGAUGGCCGUCUGCGUGUCAACGACACGAUACUCCAGGUGAACGAUGUGUCCGUUGUCGACGUUCCGCAUGCAGCAGCCGUCGACGCCCUCAAACGAGCGGGCAACACCGUUAAACUAUACGUCCGGCGGAGGAGAUACGCACAGCUGAUCGAAAUCGAGUUAAUUAAGGGUAACAAGGGCCUCGGUUUCAGUAUCGCCGGUGGUAUUGGCAAUCAGCAUAUACCCGGUGACAAUGGAAUCUACGUGACGAAAAUUAUGGAGGGCGGUGCCGCGCAAGUGGACGGCCGUCUUGUAGUCGGAGACAAAUUGGUCGCCGUCAGAAACGCUCUGCAGGGCGACAAAAACCUCGAGAACGUAACGCACGAGGAAGCAGUGGCGACUCUGAAGGCGACCCAAGACCGCGUGGUUCUUCUGGUGGCGAAACCGGAAACCGGAAUCGUGCCUCCGCCACCACCCCCGAUGGCCUCGGACAAUUCACUCUCGCCGCAACCACGAAAACAAAAUGGCUCUGUGUCGGCGCUGGAAAACAACUCGACUCUGCCGUACUCGCAAGAAUCACGUCACGCGUCUUCACUCGCGCUUCAUGGAGCGACCACGCCACGAGCUGUUUCUCAAGAGGACGUAUCACGAGAGGUACGCACGGUCGUACUCAACAAAGGCUCCUCCGGACUGGGUUUCAACAUCGUCGGUGGCGAAGAUGGCGAGGGAAUUUUCAUUUCCUUCAUCCUAGCCGGAGGCCCGGCCGACCUCAGCGGUGAACUGCGUCGUGGCGAUCAAAUACUCAGUGUCAAUGGCAUUAAUCUUCGGACAGCCACUCAUGAGGAGGCCGCCGCAGCCCUCAAGGGUACUGGCCAGACAGUGACGAUCGUGGUACAGUACAAGCCCGAAGACUACAACAGAUUCGAGGCCAAGAUCCAUGAUCUUAAACAACAGAUCUCCCAGCAGAAUAUGAUGACAGGCACCCUCAUGAGGACCUCGCAGAAGAAAUCACUUUACGUCAGAGCGUUGUUCGACUACGAUCCUAACAAGGACGACGGGCUGCCGAGCCGUGGUUUGGCAUUCCGUUACGGUGAAAUUCUACACGUGACGAACGCCAGCGACGAUGAAUGGUGGCAGGCCAGAAGAGUGAAUCCUCAAGGGGAGGAGGAGGGCCUUGGGAUAAUACCGUCGCGCAGGCGAUGGGAACGGAAGCAACGCGCCAGGGAUCGUUCCGUCAAGUUCCAAGGCCACAUGCCCGUCAUCCUCGACAAGACGGUUGACCAAUUACAGCAAUCGACCCUGGACAGGAAAAAGAAGAAUUUCUCGUUCAGCAGGAAGUUCCCGUUCAUGAAGAGCAAGGACGACAAAUCCGAGGAUGGUUCGGACCAGGAACGGUCGCCCACGACACCCGAGAAUGAAAACGAUCCUACACCAUUCAUGCUGUGCUACACCCAGGACGACACUAACACCGAAGGGAGUAGAGAAAUUUUGUAUCGUGUUGAACUGCCUUAUAUGGAGGAACUGACGUUAGUUUAUCUGGAGAAGGAGGAUGAUGAGAAUUAUGAAGAGCUUAGCAGCGAAGAAAACGUGUUGUCGUACGAGGCAGUCCAGCAGCUCACCAUACAGUACACUCGACCUGUCAUUAUCCUCGGACCCCUCAAGGAUCGCAUCAACGACGACCUCAUCUCGGAGUUCCCCGACAAAUUCGGCAGCUGUGUGCCACAUACAACGAGGAGUAGAAGAGAAUACGAAGUAGAUGGACGUGAUUAUCACUUCGUGGCGUCGAGGGAACAGAUGGAGAGGGAUAUUCAGAACCACUUAUUCAUCGAAGCUGGACAGUACAAUGACAAUCUUUAUGGAACCUCCGUGGCGUCUGUUCGAGAAGUCGCCGAAAAGGGAAAACACUGUAUCCUUGACGUGAGCGGAAACGCCAUCAAGAGGUUACAAGUGGCGCAGCUGUAUCCCAUCGCCAUCUUCAUCAAACCGAAAUCCGUUGAAUCGGUCAUGGAAAUGAACAAGAGAAUGACAGAGGAACAAGCGAAAAAGACGUACGAACGAGCAUUGAAGAUGGAGCAGGAGUUUGGAGAAUACUUCACCGCCGUGGUGCAAGGCGACACGCCCGAGGAGAUCUACGUUAAAGUAAAGGAAGUGAUCGCCGAGCAGUCUGGCCCGAACAUUUGGGUACCAUGCAGGGACCAGCAACUGUGACGUCCUGCCCCCCACGCUCAGCCUGGCCCGAACGCUUGGACUCUACCUCCGAGGCGUCAAGCUUAAUUACUCUUAAUAAAAUAAUCAAGUAACCACUCUCAAUGCCUUCCCCGUUCCCAUCCCGAUGCCGUUCUCACCCACACGCCCUCCCGUCCCAAUUCGAGUAACACAAUGUCCCAGUUAAAGGCGUUAACCGAGCGAUACGAAGCUCGCCGAGAAUGGCUUCGUCCAACGAAGCCUCGAGAUUCACCGAUGUUAGUCUCGCGAGAGAGUAAAGGGGUUAACGAACAGAGAUUAUAAAGAGUAUGCGAUAUGUUCCUCAGCGUGUUCAGUCUCCUACGUGACUCAUAACUUGUGAAGUCGAGAGCUCGAUCGUUUGAGACACGAAACAAUCGACUUGUACGUCCGAAGACAACGUUGGACUGACUCGUUUCGAAAUCAAGCGUGACCCGUGUCGAUUAUCGUCACAGAAUAUUUAACCCUUUCGUUGGGAGCCAGUUCAAUGCGCGAUGAUCUCUGGACGGCGACUAUGGUCGUAUUAGAAGGGUUCCAGGCGAUGAUCCCCUUCGAACGCGACAGCAUAGCUGGGACGCGCGUUAUAGUGUUAAUACCAAAAGGUGUUUUGUUGUACCAAGAUGUUUUUCAUGCAUACAACGGGUUUGUUGAGAACAAGGAGACACCGCCUGUCGCGUACUCGUCUUCAUGUUGAUUUUAUUACACGGUAUAAGCGUCGAUGCGAAUACACGCGGCGGUCGGACCGAAGCCCCUCGCCCCGCAACGAACAAACUCAACGAACGUUAAUCGUGCUUCGUAUUUUAUAACGAACGCCCUCCACCCCCUACCCCCGACCAGAGAUGGGCAUAAUUUUUAUCUAGAAAGAAUAAAAUUACAAACUGAAUAAUACAAUCAUACUGAAAUAAUAGGAAAGCUUAUCUGAACGAAGGAUAAUAAUUUUCAAGGCUCCUAUAAGCUAGUAUUUAAUUUGUUGUUUGAAGCUCUUGAAUUUUGUUGUACGAGAACACUGAUCCUAUCAGGUAUCAACUUUAAGUAUUCUUUCAUGCUAUUUAAUUAAAUUUAUGUUGUAUAAAGUAUACAAGUUCACUUACAGGUCCCAAAAAUUUAAAAUUCCAAAACCACCCCUUCGAAACGUAUAAUUAAUAGCUUUUUCGAGACCAAUUGUCACCAAUUUAACCUGCAUGAAUAGAUUUUUAUUCUAGCAAGAUUCUGCCCACCUCUGCCUCCGGCGUCUUCGUCGUCCUCCCAAUGAAGAAGACGUGGGAACGCCGUCGUGUAUUCGCCUCGAUAUCGAUUUUAACGCGUAUAUCGACGACUCGACUCCGUGGUCGAGGAGCCGUGUUUUACGGGACAAAGACUCGCGCCACGGUUGUUCCGCGAUCAGAUCAACCGUGAUGCGUUCUACACGUUGUGUAUGUAUAGCUGCGAUCCACUGGUGAACGCGACACCAGGUUAUGCGAACGGAGCGUGACACACAAGGAUCGCAAACACGAUUUCUCGCCGCGAUCCAAUCGCAACGAUGCGCACACAGCACCGCUAGACGCUUGAAACCAUGAUUCUCCACGCGCAAAUCGCGGCGGGAUUUGUAUCAAAUUAUGAAGAAGAGAAAGAGAAAGUAAGAUAAAGAGAAACGCAACAGGAUUUAACGGAUGCGCGGUAAAUAAAAUUGAUAAUGAAAAUUAAAAAAAAUAACUUGGCUUCGUCGAUCACUAUAUAUAGCUUGUCCGGUUAAUUCUGAGCGAAGUAGCGCGGUAUUUUUUAAUGUACUUAAUCGCAAUAAGAGGCGGCGAAGAUGAAAAUCGGAGGAGUAUUCGCUCGAAUCGUCGAACGACGUCGUUGUCGAUGCGUAAACGUUAACUAUGAUAUAGAAAAAGAGGAGGAGGUGAAAGAAAAAAAAAAUAAAAGUGAACGAUACGUCGAUACUCGACGAGUGUAUCCCCGCGUCGUUCCAUUGUUGUACGCCGAGUAUACAUACGUGUUUCGCGAUAAAUAAUGGGUGAGCAAACAUACGAGACGCAAUGUCGAGAACCUCACGAUUCAUCAAACCACACAGGACAAAUCUCUAGAUGCUAGAAUAGCGAUAUAUAAUGUUUUGUACAGCUAGAUUACUAAGCCAGUACUGGGUUAUGUGCAACAUUAUAUAUAUAUAUAUACAGGGUGUCCCAAAACUCGGGGAGGAGCCGGAAAGGGGGGGUAGCUGAGACGAUUCUGAACAACAAUUUCCUUUGCAAAAAUGUCGGAUGGGGCUUCGUUAAGGAGAUAUUAAGCGAAAACCCCGACCAAUCAGAGCGCGCGUAGACCGUUGGAGCGGCCGCGGUAGCGAAGGCUACGCGCUAGGUCGAUGCUUCGAUGCACGUCGAGUCACCUGUUCGCGUGCAAGCGCGGCCGCCAGCGCGUAGCCUACGCUACCGCGGCCGCUCCAACGGUCUACGCGCGCUCUGAUUGGUCGGGGUUUUCGCUUAAUAUCUCCUUAACUAAGCCCCAUCCGACAUUUUUGCAAAGGAAAUUGUUGUUCAGAAUCGUCUCAGCUACCCCCCAUUUCCGGCUCCUCCCCGAGUUUUGGGACACCCUGUAUAUAUAUACAUAUAUAUAUAUAUACAUAAAAAUAUAUAUAGAAAGAGAGAGGGUGAGACAGAAGAGAGAAGGCGACGAGCUGCGUUGGGAGAAAGAAUGAACUCUAUUGUAAUUUAAAUACCACUACUAAAUUAUUAUUACGAUAGUAGGUAUGUAUUAUUGUAAAUACCUGUACCCGGGUAAUCGAGAUGGAAUGCUGGUAACGCGAGCGUGAACCUAAACGGGCAGCGGAGCUUCUCGUGGGGUGGGAAUGUUAUACGCCACCCGUGGUUUAUAUUUUUCGAAUUUCGAGCGAAGCGUUCAUUUUCGACAUUCGUUUUCUACGAUUGGCACCGGCCAAUCCAUAGAAAGCUGAGAUAUGCGCGCGUUUCGAGGACGAACUGUGGGAAACAACGAGUUUAGCUCGACAAGUUCAACCCCCUAUUGCAUGAAUUCCAAUUCAUCUUAUAGAAAACAUUCAUCGAUUGCUCACUCUGGCUGAAGCUACUCGCUAGAUACUCCUAAAUGAGAGUCUCAUGGAAUUUCCUGAAUGAAUCGAACAAGGGUUGUUUUCGUUGGGUGCAUGCAAUAGAGGGUCUACUCUCUAUAACCCAAAUUCUGGUUUCUGGAAACUAUUGUACACUGAUAAUCAUUGACAAUAGAGGAAUACUAGGAAGGUGAAUUUAAUUAAUCGUAAUCUUCCAACUGUAUCUAUAUUUGUGUGGUCAAUUUUACCUAAUAGUUGUGAGUAGUAGAGUGGUGGAGUGUCUGAAGGCUGGAACUAUAUAAACCGAAGACGAAAGAGUGCAUCAGAAACUACCCUUUUGAUCCGACGUCUUUGAUGUUAGCUGAAGCAUUUCUAAGCCAAUUUCUUUUUUAAUUAAAAACUGAGUAUAGUUACAUCCUCCUGACAUUAGACCAUCGAUCGUUUGUUGCCCAUUCUAUUACCUUUAGAGCCACAAUUGCACACAUUGAUAAAAGAAUGAAAUCAGACUUUGAAAGUAUAGAUAUACACGUAACCUCAGAGUCACAGAAGGUUAUAGAGGGUGAAAGCCUUGGCGUAGCGACAGAGAUGAGACCAGGCGAUUAGACUAUCACCUAGACAGCGAUUAGACUAUAGCCUAGCUAACAACUGUCAUCCGUUACUGUUUAAAACGAGGUAGACUAUGAAAGGAUGACAAGGACAGCACUCGAACCGAGCUCAGGGAUCUUAUUUGACUUGUCGAGCUAUACUUCCCUCGACUCACACCAACGAAACGCCUCGUAACUAUUUCACCCUGGAUACUUGCUCAGCGAGAAGACCAGAGCGCAAAACAAUCAGUGAGUUCAUUGCGAACAGUACUCACAAGCUAGCGGAAAAAGCAGUAUACUUGGUGGAAUAAAUAUAGCAAUCUUGUAAAAACUGCAGGAUAUAGUUUGCCAGCAACUCAGGGCCACCUUGGAAGAAUUUUUUCGUGGAUGUUAGAACUUUAACCCUCUACUGUGUAAUGUGCCCAACUGGGAAUCUAAUAAAAGCAAUUCCUGUGAAUUUUAAAAGAUUCGAGUGUGGUACUAUCUCGAGAGGCCUUGUAGAAAUCAGGCAAUUUUUAUUUAGAGGUUUUCUGCUGAACAUUUUAAUUAAAAAUAUACUCGAACUAUAGUUUAAUAUAAGAUAGUACAAGAUUUGUAUAUUUAUUAUUGUAGGAUAAUUUAUAUAUUUUACUCUAUCGUUUUAAUUAUGAUUUUUUAUCGACACACGAGUAUUUGUACAAAUAAUUUCUUUUUAGAAGAAUAGAAUUAAACUCACGCGAUGGAGGGUUGAAAGACCUUUCGUAAUUUACUUAAAAACAGGUCGCCGUAUUUGUUUCACCAACUGUACCGUUUCACGUGCGAUUAUCGAGAAGAAAGCACCGAUAGAGAUCUUUGUGGAGAGAAAUUUUGCCGAGCGUCGAAUAAACGAUGGUUUAAUCGUAGGGGAAGCGUAUACAACGUCGUAAUAUCCGCAAGCGUAACCGUUUCGUUUGCAAUCGCGUGAUCCACUGUGACGGCGAUCCAAAGAUGAGCAAAAUUUUUAUUCGAAUGAUUAAAACAUGAUUCAGCUAUUACUCGUUAAAUAAAUAUAAAAAUUUGUAUCAUAUAAUACAAUACAGUGACCAGUUAUUACGAUCGCUUAUUUAAAAAUUUACGAAUAAUUUGUAAGUUUUAAUACUUUUUCUAGAAUUAAUUUUUAUUCUUACACCAAGAUAUUUAUAAGUAAUGUAGAAUUCUUUCAUAGAAUUUAAUCAUCGACUGUAUUUCACAAUGGAAAACCAAAAAUUUAGCACUGUUCGGGAAUAAAUAGCUGUACGCUACUUUUAUUCGUACGCGAUUCGAAUAAAAUUUUGCCGAUCUCUGCUUCGAUCCGAUCGAACCCUGCGAUUGCUUCUCCCUUAGUUAGACGAGCGGAAGUGUCGAUUUUGCGUUUCUGUUCGUUACGUAGGAUGUCCCGUGAGCGAAUGAGCGCCGAUUAAUCGGGUAUAAUUAGUAUGGGUACGCUUUCUACGAGCUAUUUUUCCUACGACAAUGAAUCCUGUGUUUAAAAUCGUUAACGCAACAGCCGUCGCACCGUUAUUAUACGAUGAAACGAAACCGUGUGUAAGUUUUCAGAGGCCGAGAAAUGGCGAGCAGCGUCGCCACGAUUCGCACAUGUCGUGCCUGAAUACAGAGAGAAAAUGUAAGAGAGACGACGAGAGGGCUAGGCUUCGCCCAGGUUAAAGAGUAACGAAAAUUUAAUGGAUGAAAAAUCGUGAAAAAGAAAAUAACAGAACAAGAUACGAUUGCAGAGAAAGACGUCUGUCUCGAUGUAAAGGAAACGUAUAAAGAGAAUAAUUACUACAGACACUUAUUACACACCUCUAUAGUCUAUUUAAUAAUAUUACUUAUUGAAUUGUCAAUCUCAUGUUCACCUUGUUUCAUCGUUUUUAAAUAGUUAAUAAACGUUUUACCAAUUUUAA